GGCCCAGCGUCCGCCGGUGUGACCCGAGUCCGCCUGACCACCUGUCCCUCCGGUGGCUCUGGGCGUGUGUGUGCCCAGUUGCGGGGAAACCUGUAGGGGCGCCACGUCGCCGCCUGGGCAGCGUGUGCGGGUCCGUGGCCACUCUUGGGCCCCCAGCCAGGAAACCUUGACUGCACUAAGGGUUUGCCCGGCGCCCAGGUCCUGGGGACUUUCUAAAGGAUGGGAUGACAGAUGCUGAAGAUUAUGGGGAAGGCCCGGAGAGAGGUGGGAAGCAUGGAGUUCCAGACCUUUGCAUUUUCGGUCCAAAAACACUUAACAUGUUGUGGGGGAACAGAUAAAGAAUUGCCAACUUUUAAUCCUGAAUGGAGACUUCAGCGUGUAAGGGCUACACAGUGGGAAUGGAAAGCUUCUACGGAGGGAAGCUUGGGAACACCAGGAUUUAACAGAUUGUGAAAACAGUGAGCGUGGCCCAAAGAAGAACAUUUUUAAAGAGAUACAACCAUUGGGGGUGAUAGACUCACAAUGGAGGUUCCCCCAGCAACCAAGUUUGGCGAAACCUUUGCAUUUGAGAACAGGUUAGAGUCACAACAAGGACUUUUCCCAGGGGAUGACCUGGGGGACCCUUUUCUUCAGGAAAGAGGUUUGGAGCAAAUGGCUGUGAUCUACAAGGAGAUCCCUCUUGGUGAGCAAGGCGAGGAACAUGGUGAUUACGAGGGCAAUUUCAGUCUGUGCUCAAGCCCUGUUCAGCAUCAAAGUAUCCCCCCAGGAACCAGAGCCCAGGAUGAUGAGCUGUUUGGCCAGACCUUCCUCCAGAAAUCCGACCUCAGCGUGUGUCAGAUAAUCCACGGUGAGGAACCCAGCCCACUUGAUUAUGCAGAAACAGACAGGGGGGACUCAGGACCUAAUGUGCCUCACAGAACCCAACCAGCCAAGCCCUACGCAUGUCGAGAGUGCGGGAAGGCCUUCAGCCAGAGUUCACACCUGCUCCGACACCUGGUGAUCCACACCGGGGAGAAGCCCUAUGAGUGCAGCGAGUGCGGGAAGGCCUUCAGCCAGAGCUCCCACCUGCUCAGGCACCAAGUCAUCCACACCGGGGAGAAGCCCUACGAGUGCCAGGAGUGCGGGAAGGCCUUCCGCCAGAGCUCCGCCCUCACGCAGCACCAAAAGAUCCACACCGGAAAGAGGCCCUACGAGUGCAGGGAAUGCGGGAAAGAUUUCAGCCGCAGCUCCAGCCUCAGAAAACACGAGAGGAUUCAUACAGGAGAGAGACCUUAUCAAUGUAAGGAAUGUGGGAAGUCCUUCAACCAGAGCUCGGGCCUAAGCCAGCACCGGAAGAUCCACACCUUAAAGAAACCUCACGAGUGUGAUCUCUGUGGGAAAGCCUUUUGUCACAGGUCACACCUCAUCCGACACCAGCGGAUCCACACCGGGAAGAAACCUUACAAGUGCGAUGAGUGCGGGAAGGCCUUCAGCCAGAGCUCCAACCUCAUUGAGCAUCGCAAGACCCACACCGGCGAGAAGCCCUACAAAUGCCAGAAGUGCGGGAAAGCCUUCAGCCAGAGCUCCUCCCUCAUUGAGCACCAGCGCAUCCACACCGGCGAGAAGCCGUACGAGUGCUGUCAGUGCGGCAAGGCCUUCUGCCACAGCUCCGCGCUCAUCCAGCACCAGAGAAUCCACACCGGCAAGAAGCCCUACACCUGCGAGUGCGGCAAAGCCUUCCGGCACAGGUCAGCCCUCAUCGAGCACUACAAAACCCACACUCGAGAGAAGCCCUACGUGUGCAAUCUGUGCGGCAAGUCCUUCCGGGGCAGCUCGCACCUGAUUCGGCAUCAGAAGAUCCAUUCUGGGGAGAAGUUGUAGAAGGAGGAGCCUAUACAAGGCUUGAAAGCCUGUGCCAGAUGGAGCCCUUAUCCACAUCACAUGGUCUCUAGACCCCACCUACCUCCCUGAUGCUGAAUGGAAACCCUCCGACCUAAGCGCUCCUGAACCUCCCGCUAGCAGGAAGGCCCCGUGUGUCCCCUGCCAAGACUGCCAGCUCUCAGCAGGUUUCCUGCAUGCAAGGGAAGGCAGGGCAAUAGGGAGGGCAGCCGGAAAAGAGCUGGCCUUCAGUUUCUCCUUGCAUUGGACUCCCAAGCCUGCAGGAUUCCAUUUUGUCCUGGCUUCACUUUUCCCAGAAUCCAGAAGAAUAAAUGCCAAGAGGGAGAAAGUCGAGUUAAACCCAGGAAAAUAUCAGAUGAACUCUUUAAAUCAGGCUGCAGUCUGGCACUUUCAGAAGACAGAAACCACACUCACAGUCCAAAUCAGUGGAAGAAAGAUGAAUUCAAAAGUAGAUAUGUCCACAGCAAAGUGGAAUUUUCCUACUGGGUUGGGCAUCGGUAGGGAUGACACAAACAGGUCAACAGAGCAAAGGCAGGUCUAGAGGGUGGGUCUUGGGAGUGGAGGUGAGGGUGGCGAGUCCCUGGGCGUGGUUUCUUAACCCUCUCCUUAGCCCGAGGUCAGUUUCCCUCAGACAGCUCCGUUACAGGAGGGUAGAGGUUUGGUCCUGUUGGCCAAAGGAUGUUCGACACCUGGCUGUGACUCAGCCUGGGCACCGGACAUGACUGCCCUCCAGGAAUAAUCUCUCUGAGAUGCAGUGUCCCCAAGACCACAGUGUGCCUUGGACAUCAGCAGGGCUGGGUCUGGUCUGGUCUGGUCUGGCAGUGGUGCAGCCCUUCUGUCCCAGUGUCAGGGGAACUGGGAAGCUGGCUGGCUUGUUGGAGGAGGCCGUGGUCCAAUCAGAAGGUCUGGGUUCAAGUCCCAGUCCCACCCACUCCUUCCUACCUGUGUGAACUUGAACAAGUCCUGUAACCUCCCCAGGCUCCAUUUCCCUAUCCAAGAGUUGGGUAAUGGGACCCAGCCAUGUGCCUCUAAGGGUUGGUGCCAGGCUGUCAUUUAGAACUCGGCCACAUGUGAAAGUGCUUUGGCAACUAUGAGCAGUCAUGGUGACUGAGGACAGAGACCCAGAGUGACCCCUGCCACACCCCUGUGCAUUUCUGCAGACUGGAGAGAUGUUCCCAUUUGGUGUCUGAGCAGUGGGACCUCUUACUGAACAGGGCUUUCCCUCCCUCUGCCCCUUACAGCCUGGGCUGUGUACGCCCUCAGAUGCUGAGGACACUUCCUCUUGGACGCCGUCCUGAGCCUCCUAUAGUAGCAGCAUCAUUCUGCACUUCCACAUUCUCUGUCCUCCCUGUCUGCCAACUGGAGUUCACGUGGGGCUUGUUUAAACAGUACCAUUGCCUGUUUCACCCGGACCAGUUCAGUCAGCCCUGAUGGUGGCAUGUUUGAAAGCUCCCCAGGUGAUUAUAGUGAUUAUAACUUCCUAGUGUGUGGCCAGGCUGUGGGCCCUGUGCUGGGCUUUUUUUUUUUUUUGAGACAGAGUGUUGCUCUGUUGCCAGCCUGGAGUGCAGUGGUGGGAUCUUGGCUCACUGCAACCCUGCCUCCUGGGUUCAAGCAAUUCCCCUGCCUCAACCUCCCAAGUAGCUGCGACUACAGACAUGCACCACCUCGCCUGACUAAUUUUUUAUAUUUUAGUAGAGGCCAGGUUUCACCAUGUUGGCCACAAUGGUCUCAAUCUACUGACCUUGUGAUCUGCCUGCCUCAGUCUCCCGAGGUGCUGGGAUUACAGGCAUGAGCCACCAUGCCCGGCCGUGCUGGGCUUUCAUGCAUCCCCUGACAGCUUCCAAUGUCAGCCUGCUGGCUUUGGAUGAGCAGAGCUUGAAGGCUCUGUCUCAGUGCCCCCAUUCCUAACUCCACCAACCCGGAGCCUCAGAGAUAGGCUCAGGCAGUGCUGGUCAGCUGGGCGCUUGGAAAGUGUGUGUCCCAGGCCUCGGGGAUCUCUUUAGUUCUGGCUUCCCUCGGGCUCAGAGCUAGUAGAGAAGGAGGCAGUCUAGGCUGUUUUGAAGUUCCCUAAACAUUUAUGGCUGGGCUAACAUAGACUUAUCAUGGUAGCAGCGGCUAUUUCAGCUGAUCAGAAGCUCAGCAUGGCCAUUAUGCCUAGUUUUGAUUAAUAAAUAUGGGAACGCCAUAACUGUUACUAAGUGGGGCUUGAUAGGCCAGAGAUUUCCAAAUGACGGAAAUGAUGGGCUGGAGAGGUCAUGGUAAGAGUUCUGGCCAUGCCUCUGUCUAGCCCCUGUCUUUGCUACAUAUGUGAAACAUUUAAUCAGCACUCUAUUUCCACCAGAACCCUCUGCAUGACCAGCUGGACCGACUGGGUGGUGCCCUGGGCAUUGCCUGCAAGUGGCCUGUCUCUAUCAAGUGUGAAGAGAAAACGCUAGGAUGCAGUUGGGACAGCAGGCGGCACAAGGCAGGGGCCUCUGAAAGAUCUACCUCCUCUUUACCCUACCCGCUCUCCCACCGCUAUCAUCGGGCAAAUGUCUGUUACCUACCUUUGGUCUCUCCCUCCCCAUCCUUCCUGCACACCCCAGCCAAAUUGAUUUUUAAAGCAUCACUUUGCACAAGUCACCACACUCCUUAAAACCAACUUUCAGGAGUUUUUCUGCACGUAAACCCUCAUUUCAGCUAGCCUGGUUUCCCCCACUCUGAGCAAGCCACAUGGAGUUCAGGCUGCCCCUGCUCACUCCAGCGCUACUCCCACCUCAUGAUUCUGUGCCGUUCUCGCAUUUCAAAACAUGCACUUUCUCCUCUCCCUCCCUCCCUCUCUUCUUCUUUUUGUGUAACAGGGAGAUGAUGAUCCCCCUCUCCCCCAAGGGUUAACAGAUAAACAUGAUAAAACCAAGUACUUUUCUGUUUUGAAAGUAUGAGCAGAGCCUCGUUCCUUCUGUUCAAAUUAUUUCCUUGUUUUAUUUUAUAUGUAUAUAAUUUUUUUUUUUUUUUUUUUGAGACAGAGUCUCGCUCUGUCGCCCAGGCUGGAGUGCAGUGGCAGGAUCUCGGCUCACCGCAACCUCCGCCUCCUGGGUUCAAGCAGUUCUCCUGCCUCAGCCUCCUGAGUAGCUGGAUUACACGAUGCCCGGCUAAUUUUUGCAUUUUUAAUAGAGAUGGGGUUUCACCAUGUUGGUCAGGCUGGUCUUGAACUUCUGACCUUGUAAUCCGCCUGACUAGGCCUCCCAAAGUGCUGGGAUUAUAGGCAUGAGCUACUGUGCCUGGCCAGCUUACUGGAUAUUUUUAAAAACCCUCUCAUUCUAUUUAGAUUCUCAAACAAUGUAAAGUUAUACAAGCUCAUCCCUGCUGAUAUUUUAAUCAGUUAUCUUUUAAUUUCAUUGUUGUUUUUUCUUUCUCUGGCAGUGGUUUACUUAGAUGUCAUUAUGACAAAAUUUCAGCUCUUGCUUUUCUUUACUAAUCUUGUUGUUUUGUCUGCAUAUAUGUAUUCUCCUUUUUGUUUGGCUUAUUACCUUAUAAUUCUAAAAUCACUUAGAUAUAAUUAAUCAUAUUUUAAAUAUUUCUAGUAUGUAGGAACUUUGGUCUCUAUUUUUUUCUUCUUCUUAGAGUUACAGCUUUGUCUACAUUUCGUAAGUUUUGCCAUGUGGUGUUUUCUGUUACAGUAUUAAGAAUUUCCUUUUGGCCCAAGUGUGAUUAUUUAAGAAUAUUUCUAAAUGAUGACUGCUUAGGGUAUUGCUGCUUAGUUCUUACUGUACUGUGGUGUCAACAUUUCUAAGAGUCCAUAGGACUUCUUUGGGCCUGAAUAUAUUAUCAAUUUUUAUAAAAGCAUUUGUAUAAUCUCAAAAUGUGUUUUUUUCUACCAGUUCUAUUUGUUAACUCAAUUUUUUCAUUAUUUUAUACAAAUCCAUACAUUCUCUGGCUUUCAUUUACUUUAGAGUUCUCAACUCAGGGUCCAUGGCCUACCUAGGAGUCUUGAGCCUGCAGGGGUUUGUCACAGACCCCUAGGGAUCAAACAAAGCUGGGUACGUGCAGGAAGACAUUUUGCUGAGACAGGGAUCUGUAGUAUUUGCCAUAUUUUUAAAUGCCUCUGUGGGCUGGGCGUGGUGGCUCACGCCUAUAAUCCCAGCACUUUGGGAGGCCAAGGCGGGUGGAUCACGAGGUAGAGAUCGAGACCAUCCUGGUCAACAAGGUGAAACCUCAUCUCUACUAAAAAUACAAAAAUUAGCUGGGCAUGGUGGCGCGUGCCUGUACUCCCAGCUACUCAGGAGGCUGAGGCAGGAGAAUUGCCUGAACCCAGGAGGUGGAGGUUGCGGUGAGCUGAGAUCGUGCCAUUGCACUCCAGCCUGGGUGACAAGAGCAAAACUCCGUCUCAAACAAACAAGCAAAAUGCCUCUGUGACACCAAAACCAUUCAGAAUACUCAUUUACUUGAUGUAAUCAUAGUUUGAUUUUUGUGUUUUUUCCUUAUAUAUUCCUGUUUCACUUUUUUUUUUUUUUUUUUGAGACAGAGUUCCACUUUUGUUGCCCAGGCUGGAGUGCAAUGAUCUCAACUCACCGCAACCUCCACCUCCUGGGUUCAAGCAAUUCUCCUGCCUCAGCCUCUGCUGGGAUUAGGGCAUGCACCACCAUGCUGGCUAAAUUUGUAUUUUUAGUAGAGAUGGGGUUUCUCCAUGUUGGUCAGGCUGGUCUGGAACUCCUGACCUCAGGUGAUCUGCCCUCCUCAGCCUCCCAAAGUGCUGGGAUUACAGGCGUGAGCCACCACUCCCCACCUCCUGUUUCACUUUUAGUUUCUGUUUAUCUUUAUGUGUAUUGUCCCUAUGUUGUGCAGUUUUCUCAAGUCCUUUUUGAGAAACAGGCAGGGUAUAAAUUAUCAGUAAGUAUUGUGUUGGGGCAUAUAUAUUUAAUAGUGAUAUUUUGAAAAACUAUGCCUUUUAGUACCCUCUUUGUCUCUUUUACUAUUUCUAGCCUUAACUUCUCUCUUCCAAAUAUUAUAAUUAAAACCUCUUUCUUCUCUUGAAUUUGCAUGGUAGAGUUUAGCUUAGCAUUUUAUUUUUAAAUUUGUGUAUAUAUUUUGCUAUACAUCUGUACAUAAACAGCAAAUUGUUAGA